UAAUCUAUGAAUUAAUCCGUGUGAACAGUUGUGGCAGGUUAUGGACAGGUUUGAGAUUAUGAAAUAAAAACAAGUUUUGUAUUUGUAGUAUUAUUUAGAUAAGCGAAGUCAUUGUAACGUAUUAGUUAUUUUUUAAAACAGCGAAUGUCUCAUACUAUAGAGAAAAUUUGAAGUUUUUUUGUAAUUUCCUCAUGUAGAUGUGACUCAUACAAUUACUUUAUUACCGUUACGUAGUUUUUGUGGUACUGAAUCUUAACAAUUGAAAAUUAAAAUAAAAAUGAACAAGAAAAUGCACAAUUAUGGCACCAUGUCACCAAAUACGGAAGUGGGAUUUGAAGGAACUGAGAACGAAGAACUUAACAGGCUGUCAGAUGAAGUUGUUACUAAUAUUUAUACAAUUAAUUCUAGUUGGAAGACUUUGGACAAUGCCCUUAAGAGUUUGGGAACUCACAAAGACAGUCACAGUCAUCGAGAGAGAAUACAUACCACACAGUUGAGCACAAAUAAAACAAUAUCAGAAACCAGCAAACAUUUGCAGAAACUUAUGGCUAAAGUAAAAAAUAGUGAAAAGCAAAAGAAAUUGCAAUUUGAGAAACUGAUGGAAAAUUUUAAAGAGGCUGUAGCUAAAUAUUCUUCCAUUCAGAAGCAUGUGGCAGACAAAAUGAAGGCAAAUUUGUUGGUAGUUGCUAGUAUAGAAAGUCCUCCUGCAGAUGCCAUGGGUCAACAGCAGAAGCAAUUGCAAUUAUCUAGAGAAUUAGCUUUUGAACAAGAUAUGUAUAUAGAACGGGAGGCCAGAAUAAGGCAAAUAGAAGAAGAUGUUUUAGAUGUAAAUCAAGUAAUGAAAGACUUGAGUGUACUUGUGCAUCAACAAGGAGAGACGAUUGACACAAUUGAAAACUGUAUAGACCAUACUGUAGGAAAUGUUGAAGAAGGAAGGGAGGAAUUGAUUAAAGCAUCGAGAUACCAAAGAAAAUUUCACAAGAAGUUAUGUAUUUUAGUAAUUAUAGCUGUAGUCAUUGUUAGUGUAUUAAUUACAAUAAUAGUAGUAGAACUUAAGAAAAGUUAGUUUUCCCUUUCAUCUCUUGUUGGUCCUUAUUUAGUACAUGAAUACUUUCUAAAAGCUUUAAAGAUAUUCUAAAAUUUUUGUUGUUUAAGAAUGUAUAAAUUGCUUAUUUUAAGCAAGUAAAUGUGAGUGAUUUAAGGACAUUGACAAUACAGAGAGCAGGGCAGGUGGUGCGGGGAAAACGCUUGGUAUAUUCAUAUACAUUCGCACACUUAGCACUUGCUUGUUAUGAGUGAACACCAUUUUUUACAGAAUUAUCAUUCUUUAAUUUAAAGACAUUCUGAAAAUUUAUAGAUGUUUUAAAUGAAUGAGUAUAUUUUCAUGAAAUUGUCUCUGUCACGUCACUUUGAAAACUCCUAGCAUAUCUUAAAAUUAUGCAUUCUUCAGGAGUGCAUGUUAAUUUGUUUAUGUAAUAUCUCUUUAACUAUUCUCCUAAUGAUCAUGAAAUUUGCAAGAAUUGCUUAAAUAUAAUAUUAAUGUCUUGCUAUUUUUAAGUUUAUCGAAAUCUCUGUUAUUUUUUUAUGUGUCGACCUCCUUAAAUGAAUGUUUAUUAAUUUUUUACCAGUAUUAAGGUGCUUACAUAGUAUAAUACGAUUAAAUUGUUUUUAGUGACAUUAUAGUAACAGGUGUUAUUACUUAUAAUAAUUGUAUAUCUUAUAUUUAUUUGCUAUAAAUAAUGUAAUAAACUUUUUAUCCUU